AUGGUCUUGACCACAGCAGGCCUCGAACCUAUGACCCACAGAGCAGCCAACACUUUAGCCACUAUACCACUGCUCCCGUUUGUAACUCUUCCAGCAACACCAUUAAAUAUACCAGCAAAGCCAGGACAUGUUCCAGCAAAGCCAGUAAAUGUUCCAGCAAAGCCAGCACAUGUUCCAGCAAAAUCAGUAAAUGUUCAAGUAAAGCCAGUAAAUGUUCCAGCAAAGUCAGUAAAUAUACCAGCAAAGCCAGUACAUGUUCCAGCAAAGCCAGUAAAUAUACCAGCAAAGCCAGCACAUGUUCCAGCAAAGCCAGUAAAUGUUCCAGCAAAGUCAGUAAAUAUACCAGCAAAGCCAGUACAUGUUCCAGCAAAGCCAGUAAAUGUUCCAGCAAAGUCAGUAAAUAUACCAGCAAAGCCAGCACAUGUUCCAGCAAUGCCAGCACAUGUUCCAGCAAAGUCAGUAAAUGUUCCAGCAAAGUCAGUAAAUAUACCAGCAAGGCCAGCACAUGUUACAGCAAAGUCAGUAAAUAUACCAGCUAAGUCAGUACAUGUUCCAGCAAAGUCAGUAAAUAUACCAGCAAAGUCAGUAAAUAUACCAGCAAGGCCAGCACAUGUUCCAGCAAAGUCAGUAAAUAUACCAGCAAAGUCAGUACAUGUUCCAGCAAAGCCAGUAAAUGUUCCAGCAAUGUCAGUAAAUAUACCAGCAAAGCCGGCACAUGUUCCAGCAAAGCCAGUAAAUGUUCCAGCAAAGUCAGUAAAUAUACCAGCAAAGCCAGCACGUUCCAGCAAAGCCAGUAAAUGUUCCAACAAAGUCAGUAAAUAA